AUGUUCGGCCAUGGGUUUCUUUUAUCCCGUAAAACGUUAAGUGAUGUGACUGAAUGCAUACCUCUCGAACAUUUUGGGUGUGACGGGCGUGAAAAAGGGAAUUCAACUGUGAACGAUAUUUGUAGUGAAAAUGAUAAAAUUCGCCGUAUUCUGUCUGUGUCUGGUGGUCCACUAGCAUGUAGCACUGAGCGGUCUAGGGUUGUAUUUUUAUUGGUAGAUGCGCUGAGGUAUGACUUCACUGAGUAUGAUGAGGGCAUAGAAAAGCCACUGCCUUACCAAAAUCGCUUGCCUGUUAUGCACGAAAUGCUAAAUCGAUAUCCGGAUCGAACGCGAUUGUUUCGGUUUAUGGCAGAUCCGCCGACAACUACAUUACAGCGAGUAAAAGCUCUUGCUACUGGCUCUUUACCAACUUUUAUCGAUGCUAGCUCAAACUUUGCUGCUAUGGAACUGCAGGAAGACAGUAUCAUUGAUCAAGUUACAAAGGCAGGUGGCAAGGCGGUACUUCUGGGUGAUGAUACGUGGGCACGUUUAAUGCCUGGUAAAUGGCUCAGAUCACAUGCAAUGUACUCUUUUCACACUUGGGACCUUGAUACUGUUGAUACAGAAGUGGAUUUAAAAAUAUAUGAUGAACUGAAAAGAAAUGACUGGGAUUUGCUGGUUGCUCACUACUUGGGUGUGGAUCAUGCUGGUCACAGGUACGGUCCCAACCACCCCGAGAUGACACGAAAACUUGAUGAAACAAACAAUAGACUACGAAAAAUUAUUGAGGCAUUGCCACCUGAUGUACUCCUGUAUGUAGUCGGGGACCAUGGUAUGACUGAAACAGGCGAUCAUGGUGGUGAGAGUAAGGCUGAGCGUACUGCGGCAUUCUUUGCAUACCGAGGUUCGGAACUUGCUGGCAGUGGACUAGACAUUAAGACGGGUAGAGAAGUUCAGCAAACAGAUUUGGCGCCAACUCUUAGCGCUGCGUUGGGCAGACCGCCUCCAGCGCCUUCUCUAGGCAAUCUCCUUUUGCCUGUAUUACCCAAAUCUAGUACUGAAAAUACUUUGUUACAGCUUAGUAACAAUUUAAAGCAGAUAACUCAAUACCUUAUCCGCUAUGGCGAAGAGUCUCAGCAAAUAUCACUCGACAGACUAGCGCAACUUAUCAACACUACAAGGGAAAAGUUAGAUAAAACGGGUCCUAUUGAGACUGAAGACGAUCUUAAACAAUAUAUUGCAGAUGUUAGGGCUCUAGUGGACAACAUUCGCAAUGUUUUCCGUGAGGUCUGGGUCGAAUUCGACUCGCUUUUCAUGCUCAGAGCGUUGCUACUACUUCUUUUAGCCAUAUUUUUCAAUUGGCUUGUAACUGAAGGGAUUCCAAUGAAUAGACUGCGGAAUGUGUUUGCGAGUUCAUUCGUUUCUAGUAUUUUGAUUGCAAAUGCAUUGUGUAUCUCUGUGUGCUACACAGCAUACCACUUUGAAUUUCUAGAAGAUCUGGAACACGCGAUCACUUUAGGCACAGGUUUAAUUACAGGAGCAUUAACUUGCGUUUUAGUGGCGAUACACUGGGAUGGCAUUACACAAAGGUGGUGUGAAGGCCGCUCGCAGUUUUACGAGCGAUUUGCCCGCGCUGCACUUGUUGCUUCCGCAUCGGUUCUAGUUUCGAAUAGUUAUAUUAUUGAAGAGGGAGCUGGACUCUCGUUUUUGUGUUUGAGCGUAUUGGCUCUAAUGACAUGGAAUGUAGGUAACGCCAAAGCUUUAGCGGUUUGGACUUUGUGUGGAAUCAGUUUGGCUAUGUCUCGCUUGUAUCGAGGAUGCCGAGAAGAGCAAGGUGAUUGCUGGACAAACGGUUCAGGUGUUUCUACAGGACAAGCUUCAAGAGCAGCAUUAGUGUUAGCUUUGGGAUCUGUUGCUGCGGUGGUCGCUGUUGCAAGACGGCAUGUUGGAUGGCAGGGUUACGGGAUAGUUUUAGCUGGAUUAUUCGCUUGCGCUCACUGGGCUGUCGGUUGGGGUUCACUAGGGUCCCCGAACCGUUCUAGGCUGCUGGCACGAGGUUCUUGGUUAGUUCUCGGUACGAUGUUUGCCUUACUCUGGAGGCGAGAUGGUCGUGGUGCAACAUUGCCUUUAAUAGUCUGUAGCUUAUUGUUUUAUAUUGCAAACACUUUAGUUCUUGGUGCGGCGUAUGCACCGUCAGCAGCUAUAGCUCUAGUGACGGGUUUCUUAGCUCUUAAUGUAGUUUCGAUGCUGAAGAAUGAUGUAUCUACAAAAUUCUCGCUGUCAACUCGUUGCAACUCAAGUGUGGCAUGUAUGUGGGCUUUACUGGCGUCAUACAACUUCUACGGCACGGGCCACCACGCGACUUUGGGCCAUGUUCGGUGGGCGCCCGCUUUCCAUGCCGGGGAUCCUAAUUACUUAGAUAUAGGACCAGUAAUAACAGCCUCUUUGGUUUCACUCGAACUGUUUGGCAUGCCAUUAAUGUUCGGUGCGGCAGUACCCCUAUUGGCUCUGUGGGGUCGUUCUGGAGCGGCGACCUUAGGUCCUCGAACACAGCUGGCAGCUGUCUUCUCGCUGUGUCUCAAGUUCGCUUUGUGCUUUGCUAUCAGGGUAUUUGCGUGUGCAAUCGCAGCGACGAUCCAUUGUCGGCACCUAAUGAUCUGGGGCGUGUUCACGCCCAAGUUGUUGUUCGAGAGCGGCGCCUGCGCAGCGGCACUAGUAGGCUCGGUCCUCGGAGCUACACUCACCGCAUGGCAUUUGCCUACGCAACACCGUUCCAGUUGA